CCGUCCCACCAGUCCGUUUGGCAUCCUACCGCGGCCCCGCAACUCCGCAAGGACAACUCGCUCGCCAUUAUUACUGCAGCUAGUCGACGAAUUCCUUCCUCUGGAUGUAGAUGUAGACCUAGACGAGUAGCCUGUAGUCAAAGACGUGCUGAUGCCUCGCGCCAUUUGAACGCGUCCUGAAAAGAGAGACCCUGAAAAUUGCCAUCAAGUUCUUUUGAAGGGUACGGCCGUACCCGUCCUCUCGUCCUUAUCUGUAUCGGUGAAGCGAAGCUGAGGCGAUACGCCGGUACCUGGAAAACCGAUCAUGUCGACGCUGGCCGUUCCCCCCUUCCUCACUAACCCUCGCCAAGACGCCAUCGAUCUUUACAAAGCCUUCAAAGGAUUUGGUUGUGAUAGUGCUGCUGUUAUAAAUAUUCUUGCUCAUCGUGAUGCAACACAGCGUGCGCUUAUUCAACAGGAGUACAAAGCCAUGUAUUCUGCUGAGCUUACCAACAGGCUAUCAUCAGAACUCAGUGGGAACCUUAAGAAAGCAAUGCUGCUGUGGAUUCUUGAUCCAGCUGGUAGGGAUGCAACUGUUCUGAGGGAAGCGCUCUGUGGGGUUAUUGAUUUAUAUGCAGCUACUGAAAUAAUAUGUUCUCGUACACCUUCACAAAUACAGACGAUCAAACAGAUAUACCAUGCCAAAUUUGGUGUUCAUCUAGAACACGAUAUUCGUUAUCAAGCCUCUGGUGAUCACCAAAAGCUACUGCUGGCAUAUAUUGGAACAGGACGUUAUGAAGGACAUGAGGUUGAUCCACAUAAGGCAUCAAAAGAUGCAAAAGAUCUAUUCAAAGCUGGCGAGAGAAGGUUGGGAACAGAUGAAAAGACCUUCAUCCACAUUUUUAGUGAACGCAGCAGGGCACAGUUGGCAGCUGUUGCUUCUUACUAUGAUCAUACUUAUGGGAACAAGCUGGAGAAGGCUGUGAAGGGUGAAACAUCUGGGCUUUUUGAAUUUGCUCUUCUGACAAUUCUUAGGUGUGCAGAGAAUCCUGCCAAGUAUUUUGCCAAGGUGCUUCGAAAGGCAAUGAAAGGUUUAGGUACCAAUGACACUGCACUCGUGCGGGUUGUAGUUACCAGGACCGAAAUUGACAUGCAAUACAUAAAGGUCGAGUACCAUAAAAAAUACAAGAAACACCUUCACGAUGCCAUCCAUUCAGAGACGUCAGGUCAUUACCGUACCUUUCUCCUUUCACUCGUAGGUUCCCACGCCUAGAUAAUUUGUCAUAGACUUGCAUAAUGUGUGAUAGUUAUUUGGUCUUCAAGUUGGCACAUUUGAAAUUGUGUUGGGGUUGGGUCAGUCCUGAAACAUGAUUGGUAAUUUAAGCGUGCAGACAAAUAUUGUUUCGAUCUAGAUGCCUAUGAUGUACAUAUUUUGUCUUUGCUUUAGUAGAAACUUGUGGUGAUUUGGAAUGUAACCCGUAAAUCUGUUAUGUAUCAAUGGUGUAUUCUUGUGCUUCA